AUGGACGACAUCCGCGCCCAGCUCGACGCCCUGAUGGGCCAGCACCGCGACGUGCCUCUGUCUGAGCUGGACAAGUACAAGGUGGAGCGCAAGUUUAGUGACAAGGACAUCUGCAAGUACUUCCUGUGCGGCUUCUGCCCCCACGAGGAGUUUAGGCGGACCAAGAAUGACUGCGGGGACUGUCCCCUGGUGCACAAUGAGGGCUGCAAGCAGCAGUGGGUGGCGCUGGACGACCGCAGCAAGGAGCGAUACGGGUACGAGGCGGAGCUGCUGUCCUGGUUUGACCGCCUGCUGUCCGACCUGCGCAAGCGCAUCGACUCCAACACCGAGCGGCUCAAGGGGCUGGACACGCCGCUGGUGAUGGCCGAGGACCAGCAGCGCCUGGACAACCUGACCACGCAGAUCAACGACCUCCUGGGGCGGGCAGCGGUGAGCUGGGAGGGCCCGGGGGCUGGGAUGGGCAGCAGCAGGGCGUACUGCCUGCAGCUGUUUGCCUUUGGGCAGAGCUGCGACGGCACUCUGGGAGAGGAGGGAGAUGUGGAUGGGGCACAGGCUGCGGCCGCGGAUGCGGAGCGCCUGAAGGUGCAGCGCGGCAUGCUGGAGCAGCAGGCGCAGGCGCGGGCCAACGCCAAGACGGGCAGGAACCUGCACCAGAAGGUGUGCCAGGUGUCGGGGCUGAUCAUCAACGACGAGGAGAGCCGGCUGCAGGACCACUACUCUGGCAGGAAUUACAACUCUUGGAAGAAGCUGCAUGAGGUGCACGCCCAGCUGGUGGAGGCCCAGCGGCGGCGCCGGAGCAGCGUCGCCGGCGGCGGCGCCAGCAGCGGCGGCAGGGAGUACCGCAGCAGCAGGCACGUGCGCUACCGAGAUGACCGGGACCGCGAGCGGGACACCAAGCGGUACGAUGAUCGCGACCGCAGGCGGUACGAUGAUCGCGACAGGCGGCGGUAUGACGACCGGGACCGCAAGGAGCGACGGCGCAGCCGCAGCCGCAGCAGAGACCGGGAGCGCCGGCGGGAGCGCAGCCGGGACAGGGGCCGCGACUACCGACGCCGCAGCAGGAGUCGGGAGCAGGAGAGGGCACGGUGA